GCUUUCCUUUUGCGUUUAGGGAAAAAGACUCCUUUCUCCUCUCUCCUCUCUCUCUCUCUCUCUCACACCCGACUUCGAUUCCCAUCACCGCCGGAAGCAGCGGACCGAGACACUACUAACGACGCCAUCACCGGGGUUGAGGACAUCCAAAAGAAAGUUUGAGGAGCUAAUAAAGUGCCAUAACGACAGAGUUUCCAUUCGCAAUAGGUUGUUGACAUGACUGUAUUUCUCCUUCCGUUCGUGAAUGGCUCCCCUCAUUCAGAAAGUUUACUUGUGGCUCUCUCAAGUUUACAACUAAUAGUCAAGUUCACUGUGAUUCCGAAGCUGUAUUGAUCAAGAUUCUUUGCUUAAAAGGGUUGGAUGGAUUUAGAGACGGAGAACAGAAUAGCUGCAAUUCUUAUGAGAGAAGCCGCUGAAUUGCGGCGUCAAGCUGAGAAGGAAGGUGUGCAUGCUUAUCUUCAACAGCCUAAAACAAGGUUCCGGCCGAAUUCACGCUUCCUCAGUGCUACUGUUCGUGGUGUGCAACAAGCAAAUCGAGUUGUUGAAGUGAAUGAAAUGUGGCGACUCCGGCAGAAAGAGAAGGAAUUGGACAAUAGGCUGAAAGGGAACAAGGCUGAGAGCAGGUGUCGCGGAGAUAGCAACUCUCCGAGAUGCAGUGGUAAGGGACAUGCCGUCACAGAUGACAGUGCCGGUCCUUCUUGCUCGUCAAGGAAAAGAGAAUACGAGAGCUGCCAUUCAAGGCAAGAGAAUGGUUUAGGAGACGAAGAACUCGAAGAAUUUUUACAUUCAAGAGUCAAGCGUGGCAGAGGUGCUGUUGGGUCAAGGAUGGAUGAAAAGGGUCCUUAUCUUCCCCGUUCUUCGGACUCCCAGGAAGAGCAGCUGCAGAGGCCCAGUAUACAAGAACGCCGUGCGUAUGGACCAGAGAGGCCUUCACAUAACUUGUGUUAUCCUUCCGAAGAGGAGCAUGACGAUGAGAGGAAGAAAUCAAAAAAGGUGAAGUCUGGUAGCCCGAACAAGCACAAAUCCAAGGAAAAAUCUAAAGAGAAGAAGAGGAAGGACGAAAAUACAAAUAAAUACCAUACUUAAGAGGCGCUUUAUCUGAGAAGAAUUCUCUGGCUUGUACGGAAUUGGUGCAUAUUUUUCUCGAAUCCUGUUAACCCUACAAUGCGAUGCGCGUGUGUUGCCUACCCGAGCAUCUGAAAAGCCUGUUCACUCAAAAGACGACCAUCAUAAACUCAAAAUAUUCAGAACUUUGCAUGGAGAAAGUUUUGACAUUCGUCUAAUAACUUCUCAACCAUAUGACUUUUUAA